CCGGCAGGGGGCGUGUGUCAGUGUGAGCUGUUACAUUAUCAGAGGAGGGGGAAUGUAAUCAUUACCCAGUGACCGUUCGUUGUAGUUCCAGGAAGUGCGAUCUUUCCAUUCUAGUGCGGAUUCCCGUGUUGUGAUGCAGGCGGCGCUGCUCUCCAGGCUGUGGCUCCGCCGCUCAGUGCCGAGGCUGCCGAGGACUAUAAUCGGACGCCACGGGGCGGGAGUGCGGCCUGACUGGUUGUUGUGUCAUCAGCCCGGGACUGUGCGGCUCUCCCUUCCAAUCCGAACCUUCUCCCCUGACAGCGGGAUCAUGUUGUGGGCAAGCGCUGCGGGUUCCGGACCUGGACAGGUCCCACAGGUUCCCACCAGUGGAGAGGCCAGUGGCCGCAGCAGUGACAAUGAGGAGAAACCCAACAAGAUGAAACAGCUGAAGAAAGUGUUUAAGGAGUACGGGGCGGUGGCGGUGUCCUUCCACGUGGCCAUCUCAUUGGUUUCCCUCGGCAUAUUUUACGUCAUUGUCUCCAGCGGAGUAGAUAUUACAUCACUUCUCUCAAAAGUUGGAUUCAGUGAAGCGGUGGUCCAGUCCAAGUUAGCAGCUGGAACCAGCACCUUUGUGUUGGCAUAUGCCAUCCAUAAACUGUUUGCCCCCGCCCGGAUCAGCAUCACCUUAGUCUCUGUCCCUUUCAUUGUCCGAUAUCUCAGGAAGGUCGGUCUCUUUAAGCCUCCGACCCAGAUCCGUUAGAAGCAAAAGCCUAUUAGUCAAAGUGACAUUUUUUUUGCUCGUUUUUUGGCUUUUUUCUACCUGACCUUUACUUGAAAUUCACUUGUUUGGUUGAUAGAAACCCAAUUCAUGGCGCUGAUAUGAGCAGCCAGCAACCAGGGCUUUGGGCAAAUCAACCAGAAUAACCACCGAAAAUGCGAACAAAAAAAUUUGAAUAAAUUAUUUUUACAAUUUUC